AUGGAGGCGGCGGAGCUGCGGGAGCUGCGGGCGUUGGUGGAGCGGGCGGGCGGGCGGCGGGCGGUGCUGCUGGUGGCCGAGGUGGCGGCGGAUGGAGCUCCGGCGGCGGCCACGUUGGCGUCGUUCGGCCGCGAGCUGCUGGGCGACGAGGCUCCUCCGGGGCAGGGGGUGGAGCCGGGAUGCCGGUCCCGGUCCCGAUGCCGGCGGCGGACGCUGAGGGCUCGGCUGCUGCUGGUGCUGUGCCGCGGAGGAGCGGCGCGGGGCCGCGGGAGCCGCGCGAGGCUGCGGGAGGUGGUGCGGGACGUGCGGGGCCGUUUGCCCCCGGGGCCGCCGCCCGCCGUCGUCGGCGUUUUGCUGCCCGGUGGGAACGGGGAGGACGCGGCGGUGUUGGACGCGACGCUGCGGCGGCACUUCCAGGCGGCGGGCACCGUGCAGGCGGCGCGGUACAGCCCCGGCAGCCCCGCAGCGCUGCGGGAGUGUCGCACCGCCGCCUGCAGAGCACUGCGGGCCGCCCUGCAGCACCCCGCAGAGGAGGAGAAAGACAGGGACAGGUGGAGGCUGCCUGCCUUCCUGCAGUGCAUCUCUUGGAGCAGGAGGAGCCGGAGAAAAGGCCACGUGUCAAAAGCUGCAAACAAUGUUCAUGAAGACAACCUGCAGGACCCCCAGGAGGUGGCUCUGACCAGUCUGUCUCCCAAUGGAAACUAUGAAGAUGCUGCUGGAGGUGUGGGCACCUAAAGCUGUGGGUGCCUCAUGUGAUCCGUGUCCCAGUCCUGCCUGGCUGGUGUGGAGCAGUGGGAGGAGGAGCUGUGUGUGCCCACUCGCCCUCAGAGAGCCCACAGAUUUCACCAAGGUCUUCUGUGGCUGCCAACAGCUUCUGAGCUCCACGACAGAACCACCCCCUGCCCGUGGGGCUGUGCUGGUGGACACUGGGCUUUGGAGGAGCCCUUUGGGAAUGUAUCCUCCAUCCUGGGCAAGGUGAUGCGGGGACUUCAGCUUCCAUCUGCCUGAACAAAGGGGAAUAUGCAAAGCUCCUGCUGAGAUUGCUAGGGAUGGCUUCCCAGGCAAACAGAUUCUGCUGCCUUAUUUUUCUGCUUUAUUGCUUUAAUUUAAAGCUGCCGACCUCUCUCUGAUCUGGGGGGGGUGUGUGGGGGAGAAAAUAGACAAAUAAUGCAGCAGCAUGGAGACUGCAAUGGGUGUGAAUAUGAAGUCCUGUAUCUACCAGCCAGCUAGAAAGCUUGGAUAAGUGUGAAUAACAUGAAGAAAUGCAGCUCUGGACAGCAAGUAUAACACAAGAGAUACUGAUAUUCCUGGCAGCUGGAGAUGAGGGCAGUGUGUCCAUCUGCCCCAUGGUGGUGCUCGCAGGCUGACUGACACUGACACUGCCCAUGCAGGGGGGCAGACAGGACUGUGGUGUGCACGGUGUGAGCUAUGGCUCAGCUCUGUCAUACCUGGCUCAUCUCCAAUGCAGUGAUGGCAGCUCCUGGUUGUGCCCGCUGCAUUCCUCUCAGUGUGACGGGGCUGCUUCAGGAAUUGAUAGAGAUGUUCGAACAUCACCUGUUUAAGCAGUUCCAAUGGCUGCCUGUGGGGCAGCGUGGAAUCAUGGAGUCACAGAAUGGCUUGGGUUGGACCUCAAAAAUGGCCAAUUUGUGGCACCAGCAGCUCUAUGCAACCUGCCACAGUGCCUCACCGCCAUACUGUGAGCAGCUCAGUUCUAUGGGUGCUGUUCUGCCCUAUGGAGAGGUGCCUUGCUGUGCCUUGCUGCCAGGCCUGCCUGGCUCCCACCUCCAGCCUCUCCACACAGCGAAGUGCUGCGCUGAGCUCUGCACACCACAGCCAUGUCCUAACGGAAGGGCACUGUUAGGCCACACGCUGGCUGUAAUCAAUAAACACACUCGACUUCUCCACUGGAA